GUCGUCACAGGGCAGAUGAUCAGGGUGCGUCCGCCUUUUCCCUCCCCCUUCAACCCUCCUACCCCCUCCCUCCCCUCGUCCCUCAAUCUUCUCCCUGUUUCCUCUCUCUUCCUCCCUGGGGCGGCUCCUGAAGACUCCCGCUUCCGGUCAGAGGCGGUCUGCAGAAGCACGUCCCGCCUCUUCCGUUUACCCGGUGGCUGUGCGGACGGAGGAGGCAGUAGCGGCAACGGCGCCUGGCAGAGUGGGCAGGCGGGUCCCCUGGGCAGCCCAGCUGGAGGUGGCCAAGCCGAAGCCCGGGGGCCGAGGACAAUGAACUAUAACGCGAAGGAUGAGGUGGACGGCGGGCCCCCGUGUCCUCCUGGGGGCCCCGCCAAGACCCGGAGGCCGGAUAACACGGCCUUCAAACAGCAACGGCUGCCCGCCUGGCAGCCCAUCCUCACGGCCGGCACGGUGCUGCCUACCUUCUUCAUCAUCGGCCUCAUCUUCAUCCCCAUUGGCAUCGGCAUCUUCGUCACCUCCAACAACAUCCGUGAGAUCGAGAUUGAUUACACUGGAACAGAACCUUCCAGCCCCUGCAAUAAAUGUUUGUCUCCGAAUGUAACAUCUUGUGUUUGUACCAUUAACUUCACACUGGAGCAGUCAUUUGAGGGCAAUGUGUUUAUGUAUUAUGGACUGUCUAACUUCUAUCAAAAUCAUCGUCGUUAUGUGAAAUCUCGAGAUGAUAGCCAGUUAAAUGGAGACCCUAGUGCUUUGCUUAAUCCAAGUAAGGAAUGUGAACCUUAUCGAAGAAAUGAAGACAAACCAAUUGCUCCAUGUGGAGCUAUUGCCAACAGCAUGUUUAACGACACAUUAGAAUUGUUUCUGGUUGCCAAUGAGUCUGAUCCUACACCUGUACAAAUUCCUUUGAAGAGAAAAGGUAUUGCUUGGUGGACAGAUAAAAAUGUGAAAUUCAGAAACCCACCUGGAAAAGAAAGCCUCGAAGAAAAAUUUAAAGAUACAAUAAAGCCAGUAAACUGGCAUAAACCAGUUUUUAUGCUAGACCCUGAUGAGGAUAACAAUGGAUUCAUAAAUGAGGACUUCAUUGUUUGGAUGCGUACAGCAGCAUUACCUACUUUUCGUAAGUUGUAUCGUCUUAUAGAGCGGAGAAAUGAUUUACAUCCAACAUUACCAGCUGGACAGUACUAUUUGAACAUCACAUACAAUUACCCCGUACAUUCUUUUGAUGGACGAAAACGGAUGAUCUUAAGCACUAUUUCGUGGAUGGGAGGAAAAAAUCCAUUUUUGGGAAUUGCUUACAUCACUAUUGGAUCCAUCUCCUUCCUUCUGGGAGUUGUACUACUAGUAAUUAAUCAUAAAUAUAGAAACAGUAGUAAUACUGCUGACAUCACCAUUUAAUUUUAUAUUCUGAAAACAAAUCUACUGCAUGUGCAUCAAGGCCAGUCCUCUUCAACAUAGGUUUUGAAUGCUGAUGUCACAUAAUUUUGAAGUUGGCACAUAAAUUUACAAAACAAAACAGCCUUUGUCCUUUGCUUCUUACAUAUGGAUGACUUAUGAAAAUAUAUGACAGGUAUAAAAAUUAGUUAUAUUGAUCAUAUCAAUAUUGUAACUGCUAAAAUGGCAUUCUAAUGUCUGCUUUUUAUUGGGACAGGCCACGUGUGAUGCAUACAGCCUCUGUCAUGUGAAAUGAGUCUACUGCUUAAAUGCUUGUGCUGUGUUGAUAACAUUACAUUGACAUGAUGUUGGUUACAUGUACCUACUGUGUGGAGAAAGGGAUUCUGAGAUGUGUGAGUGUUUGACUUACUAACCUUUUGAAAUUUGGUUACAGUUGAGAUUGUAGAAAGUCUCAUAAGUAAAAGCACUUCAUUUUCUUGUGUCGUGUGUAAAGGCUGAAGAUCCCUCCUUGUUGAGGGGGUCAUGUGUUCAGUUUCUCUAUUACAGUUAUUUGAUAAUGACUUUGAUUUCAGAAAAUGUACUUCACUUGUCCAGUAUAGAAAUUAUUAAUAUCUAAAGAGGUCAGGUAGGUUUCGGGUAGAAUUUUAAAUUCCCUUUUAAUUUGACUGAAAUGUUGCAUUCCGGAGUCCAAGCUACUUGAAAUGUUUUUAUGUGAUCUUCUCCCUGGAAGCUUAUACUUCGUAGGGGAAGAAAGACUUUAGGUGAGAUGGGACAGAUGCUUGGCAAGCCCUCAUCCUCUGUCAAUUGUAAACCAGGUGUAAAUGUUCAAGAGAGACUUUUCAUUAUUGUGGUGUGUAGUGUUAAGAUAAUUGUUCUGCCUUGGAAAUACCUCAAGCUGUUCUUACUUAGCAGGUAAGUAUUUUGACUUAGUACUAAUAUUAUAGCCCAGAAAAAAUUGAAAUCCUAAUUUCUUCCAUAUUUCAUUAAAUUUUUGCAUACAGGUCAAACAAAUGUGGAUAUGUAUAUAGAUAUAUAUUCUCUUUAAUGAAGGUAAUGUUUUGAUUAGUUUUCCUCAGAUAAACCUUAAAAAAGAUGUUCUAUACAUUUCCUACUUAAAUUUGGGGGGGGCACAGGGAUUUGGAGUAUCUACAUGAUAAAAAUUAUAAUAUAUCUGAUUGAAGUUAUUUUAUUUUCUAACUAGAAUUAUUUUAAUAUUCCUUUAUUGAAUAAAUGCUGUAAUUUGUUUGCUAUGGAAGUUAUUCCUGAAGUGAAUGUAAAUUAUUUUUUCACAUGCAUGAAAAUGUAUGUAUUAAUCAGAGUUGACUUCAUUGCAUUGAAAUCACUUAAUUGUUUUUACACUAAAGUAAUUCAUAUUUAUGUAGUAAAUUAUUUGGGUUUUUAGACUUUGUUAUGAUUUCCUUCGGCUAUAUUUUAAAGUCUGAGUAAUGUUUAAAUUAAUAUGUGCUUAAAAUAACAAAAAAAAUCAAUGGUUCAUAGUAGAAACGUGCCACACUUAAGCUUUGUAUGAUAUGAAAUUCUGUUACAAGAGAUUGUAAUUCAUGGUGACUUUUAACUUAUAAAAAUUUUAUUUGCAUUGGUUACUUUAUUGAUGGAUAUGCAAAAUUUUCUCAGGACUUAAGUUCUUCUUUCUCUAAAGCUAUUGUCAAUCAUUUGGAAUGCUAUUAUUCUGAAAAUUGUCCCUCUUGCAUGUGAUGUUUGGUUUAUUUGGGGGAUUCUUCCUAAGAGUGAGAUGUUUCUGCCGGUCUUCCCAGAGUGAGUGCCGUUUAAAGAGGACUGCUAACCUGCAUCUCUCUUCCUGGGCCACAUGAUCUGAAGCAGCACUGGAGAGGCCUCACAUUUUCACACCCUGGAGAAGAUGCAGUCUUUAAAAGUACAAUGGAAACUUUCUGUUUUACAAGUGCAUUGAUGAUCUGUAUUCUUCCCUGGCUCCUGUCAUUGGAAAUUAAAUACUAUUGUAUAUAUGAAGAAAAUGGGACAUUCAUGUGUAGAAAAGUUGAUGGCAUUAAGGCAACUAAGCAGAAGGCUUAGAAAAAUGUGUUAAUUUGCAAGAAAGUGUUUUGGCAUGAGAAAUUUUCCAACUGAAAAAAAUUAUUCAAUAAGCAAAAGCUAAGACGUUUCAUUGAAAUCAUAAGGCAGUUUAAAAUAAACUGGAGAAAAUAACUGUUCUAAUAGAGAAUAAUUCAAUUAAGAGUCAAGUGACUAUUAUUUGUUUAUUGGAUAGUGACAGUUUAUUUGUAACCUUAGUUAUAUUAAAAGUUAACAUUCUGUUUGUAUUAAUAAAAGUGAACAAAAUUAA